UAAAAACGCGGGAGCGGAGCGGGCGGCUUAGGUCGAGUGCCUGGGCCCGGCCGGGGCUGCCCAGCUUCCCUCACCUUCCUCUCGUGCUGCCCUGUCGGCCGUCCUGGCCGUCGCCGCCCUCCGACUGUAGCUCUGUUCCUGAGGAAGGCCACGCGUGGAGAGGCCACCGAGGGCCCGGGGGCGCCGAGGCCCGGGGUGGGAUGGCGCUGUGGCCACAGGUCUACACCCGCAAGAAGCGGGCCUGCGAAAGGCUUAACCUGACCCCGACGCCAGAUCUAGGCACCCUUGAGAAGGUGGAGGCCCCCUCAGGUCCUGGCCGAGGCCUCCCUGCCCACUGGAAGCCCGGCCUGGCUGACCUGUGGGGCGGCACCCGGGACAGGUGGGUCGGGGGGCACCUGGGCCUCGACGCCAGGGACCCCAGAGGCCCGCGGGCGGCCUCCCCAGGCUUUCGCCUUGAAAGGAGUCGCCCUCUCUCAGGCGCGAAAGGAAGUGGCCAAGGGCAUGAUUUGGCGAAGAUCGUCGAGAAGGCUGAGCAGAGCAGGCUGAGAGGUAGCGGCUCUGGGCCGCUGAGCACUCAAUUAAGAGUCUCAGGACAGAAAAGCCCGCAAGAAAAUAGCACUAGUGAAGAGACCCAGGAUGAGAUCAUCGCUCCAUUGAGUGAGUCAGUGACAGAUAACCUCCAGUUUGACAGUAGUUCAUCAAAUAGUGAACUAGAAUCAGGACUAAGUUGGCAGCAUAAUGCUUCCACUUCUCUUCUGAGCUAUUCAAUCACAGACUCUUACACAGAAUAUAAGAGUUCUGAAGAAAGCUUAAGUAGCUUCCCAUCACCUGAACUCUUCAGAGGAUCAGAUCAUUUAGAUUUGGAGUAUCCCAAGUUGGAAGAACACAUGCUAUACAAGAAUUCCACUCUUCUGGAUACCAGUAAAGCAGUAGUGAUAGAGAAGGCAGCACAGUUUUUAAACCUCUCUACAAUUUUAGGUACCUCUUCAGAAGACUAUCAGAUAUGCCAUAGACAAAAAGUGAUGACCUUUGCAGAUCAAAAUGUUUCUCCAAAACCAAAGAAUACUUCAAAUCCAGAAUCAGACAAUGCAACUUGUGAAAUUUUACUUGCUGAGAAACCUUAUCCUUCAACCACUGAAAAAAGCAAGAAAAAACCUGAAAAAUAUCCGGAACCUAGUGAUACAGAUUUUCAGACAAUGUUAAGUUCUCAUCUAAAAUUCAAGGUUCCAUCAUCUCACCAGAAGCAUGUUUUUGAAAGUAAUGCAGAUAAAUCAGUUACCAAAGUUCUACUGCCUCAGCCCCUGGAACCUGUAUUGAAAAUAAAUUCCAGUACUCCUGAUAAGAAAAGCAGAGGCCUGUUAACAAGUACUCCAUCUUCCCAAACAGCUGGUUUAGUGAUUGAUUUGUCCCCAGUUAAAAAUACAUCUUUCGAAGAACUAUUUCCAAAUAUCAGCAAUUAUGUUAAUUCAAAUGAAAUCGUUCCUGUGUCAAGUUUGCAAGAAAAUUCUUCAAAUAAGUUUCAUUCAAAUCCAUCUGAAAUAUGUUGUAUUAUUAGAGCGUCACCAGGAACUAGACAAGUGAAAAGUAAAGGUGUUGUUUUAAAGAAGAAAUACUCUCCUCCCAAAGAUAUUCCUCAAGAUAUUAUAAUAAAAACAAGUGGCAGGCUGUAGCAGCUGUGGCUGAAUUUUCACUCCUUUGAAGAUAUGAACAUAAAGUCAAAGCCCAUAAAAUACAAUGUCUGUCUGAAAUUAUAUGAAGUUCAAAAUUCUCUAAUUAUUUGUGAUAUGUAAUAUAUACUGACAUUGAAAUUCUAUUCAGAUUUGUAUCAUUUAUUUUUGAUUAGUUAAAUUUUUUCUGUAUUCUUCUUAAGCAUAUGUAUUUGCAUUGUAAAAUAAGAAGGCUAUACAUUAAAUAAUUUCAGCCAACACCAGGAUAUUAAGUAACUUCCUUUCAUUGUUUUUUUCCCAAAGUUUACCCUUUGUAUAGAUUGAAAGUAUGAAGUUGUUGAGGCACUAAAAAUGAAAAUGCUUAUAUUACGAGCUAUUUUUAACAGAACUUAAUUGAAAUCACAUGAGUGAGAGACCUAAUUUCAGGUCUGACUGAAAGAAACUCUAUCCUCAAGGUUUGCUGAAGCACAAAUGUAUAAUAUGUACAAUUAAUCAGACACUAAGUAUUUAAUAUAUUACCUUAUCCCCAAACAACAUUCUUUAAUUAAUACUAUCUGUAGGAUUUUGGGGGUUUUCUUUUGUAUUAUAAUUUCUUGUGGCAUGUUAGUGCUUCUGAAAAAGCACUAAUCCUGUGAAGAUGAUACAGUUGUAUAACUAUUGGUGAGAUUUCAGCUCUAAUGGGUUUACUAAUGUUACACAAAAGAGUAAGAGUCAAAUUGUCAAAGCUAUCUCAAUGUGAAAUAAAAUUCUAAU